GAAACCCGCGGUAAGCGCGGCGGCGCGGAGGAUGCUGGGACGCGUGGGGCUUGGGGCGCCGUGGGGAGACGUGUUCUUGGCGUCGCCAGCGCCCUGCGAAGACGCGAGGCGCGAAUCCCGCCGCGGGACAGGAAGCGCGGCCAGCGCGGAGGGGCGCAGUCGGCGUCGCCGCGGUCUGGGACGUCCCUCUCGGGUCCUGCGGGACCUCGCGCAGUGAGGCAGUUUGUCCGCGUUCGGCCACCGUCGCCUCGGCGUGCGCUGCGUCGGUCCGCCCGCUUCCGCCAUCCCCGCCCCCGUGUGGGCCACCGAGUCCCAGGGCCCCGAGCGUGUGCCUGGGGGCGCGGGCGGCGUUGCCGGCACGAUGGCCUCGCCCUUCAGCCCGGGGCUCCCCCCGCGGCCGGAGGAGGAUUGGGAUUCUGCUUUGUUUGCUGAACUUGGCUAUUUCACAGACACCGAGGACCUGCACUUGGGCGCAGAAAAUGAAGCUCCGGAAAACAGUUUUGAUAACCUUGAUUUUGAUUUGGAUUUGAUGGCGUGGGAGACAGGCAUUUGGGACAUCAACAACCAGUUCUGCACAGUUAAAGAUAUUAAGGCAGAACCUCAGCCCCUUUCUCCGGCCUCCUCCAGUGGCUCAGUGUCAUCUCCGCAGUCAGUGGACUCCUGGUCUUCAACUCAGCAUGUUCCCGAGGAGCUGGAUUUGUCUUCCGCCUCCCAGAUGUCUCCCCUCUCCCUCUAUGGAGAAAGUGCCAAUCGUCCUUGCUCAGCUGAGCCACCGAAAGAAGACAAGCCCCUCCCGGGUCCCAGAAGCAAAUCCGAAAAUGGACUGACUCCAAAGAAAAAACUUCAGAUGAAUUCCAAACCUUCAAUUCAGCCCAAGCCCUUAUUGCUCCCAGCAGCACCCAAGACUCAAACAAACCCCUGCGUUCCUGCGAAAGCCAUUGUUAUUCAGGCGCUGCCCACGCUGGUGCCAGUGGCCAAGCAGCCGGUUAUCAGGAUACACCCCGCACCCCCUGAAGGUCAGACCGUGGUGCUGUCUCAACCUGCCCUGGUACAGCUGCAGGCGUCCGGGGUCCUGCCCUCUCCGCAGCCUGUCCUGGCGGUCAGUGGGGGAGCCACACCGCUCCCUAAUCACGUGGUCAGUGUGGUACCAACCCCUGUGGCCAGUAGCCCAAUAAAUGGAAAACUUUCUGUGGCUAAACCUGCCCUGCAGAGUACUGUGAGAAGUGUGGGUUCAGAUAUGGCUGUGCUGAGGAGACAGCAGCGGAUGAUAAAGAACCGGGAGUCGGCCUGCCAGUCCCGCAAGAAGAAGAAGGAGUACCUGCUGGGGCUGGAGGCGCGGCUGCGGGCGGCCCUGUCGGAGAACGAGAGGCUGCGGAAGGAGAACGGCUCGCUGAAGCGGCAGCUGGACCACGUGGUGUCAGAGAACCAAAGGCUUAAAGUCCCCAGUCCGAAGCGGAGAGCCAUCUGUGUGGUGGUGCUGUUGGCGUUUGUCUUCCUGAACUACGGACCCAUCAGCAUGUUGGAACAGGAUUCCAGGAGAACAAAUCCUAGUGUGAACCCUGCAAAUCAAAGGAGGCACCUUCUUGGAUUUUCCGCUAAGGAGGCGCAAGACCCGCCUGACAGCGUCAUCCGGAAAGACAGCCACAGCUACGACCAUUCUGUCUCCAACGACAAAGCCCUGAUGGUGCUGAGUGAGGAGCCAGUGCUGUACCUCCCGCCCCCUCCGUGCCAGCCGCUCAUCAACACCACAGAAUCCCUCAGGUUAAACCAUGAACUUCGAGGGUGGGUUCACAGACACGAGGUGGAGAGGACCAAGUCGAGAAGAAUGAUGAACACUCAGCAGAAAACACGCGUUCUUCAGGGCGCUCUGGGACAGGGCUCCGGCUCUCAGCUCGUAGCUGUCCAGUACACAGAGACCACCAGCAUCAGCAGGCCCUCGGGGAGGGAGCUCCAGGUGUACUACGCGUCCCCCCGAAGCUACCAAGACUUCUUUGAUGCCAUCCACAGACGGGGAGACACGUUUUAUGUCGUGUCAUUUCGAAGGGACCACCUGCUGCUACCAGCGACCACCCAUAACAAGACCACCAGACCAAAGAUGUCCAUUGUAUUGCCAGCAAUAAACAUCAACGAGAACGUGAUCAACGGGCAGGACUACGAGGUGAUGAUGCAGAUCGACUGCCAGGUGAUGGACACCAGGGUCCUCCACAUCAAAAGCUCCUCGGUGCCGCCUCCACUCCGCGCCCAGCAGCAGAACCAGACCAGCUCCUUCAGCUCCCCGCCCGCGGCCGCCGAGGCCGCCCGCGUGCUCAGCACCCUCCCGGGCUCCCUGCAGUAGCACCCGCUGCCUGGGAGCCGUGGGAGCCGAGGGACCCCGAGCUGCAGCAGGUGCUCCUCCGCCCGCCAGGUGGCUCCGAGAGCUCCUCGUGGUGGAGUCUGGGGACAGAGAGAAAAGGACCUGCUCCGUCUCCACUGCCCUCUCCUGGGCGAGCCCCCUGUCCCCUCCCGUGUGGCCUCAAGUAG